AUGGCAGAAGUAAAUAAUUUGAUAGUAAAUGGACCAUCUAGAUUGGUGGGACCGGUCUCCGGAGAUAUAAAUGUUGAUGGUGACAUCCUUUUGAAUGGUAUCGGAGGAUAUAAUGGAAAUCCUAAAGUUGCAUUCAUAGGACUUUCCGGUUUAAAAGGUCAAUUGGCACCGUUCAAGUAUAUGUCUUUCACAGAAUUUGAGAGUUCUGUGAGAGGGGGAGAUUUUAUACGUAAUGUGGUUGCCAAUUAUUCCGGAGUUGUUGUUAAACUUGAUAAGAAAGGUUCUGGAGAGGGCGGAAGAUAUGUAGAGUUUUACCCGGAAAAUUUGUUCAGGGGUGAUGGAAUCAGAAGAAAUAAUUUUCAUAUGAUUUUUGAUGGAGUUAGCGGAAAUCCAUCGGCACAUUCUUUUGUAUUGAGUUUCAAUGGUUGGGAGCAGUGCGGAUUUCUUGGGAAUAUUAUAGUUGCGGGAAGCGAUGAAUGUAUAGCCCAAAGUGAAGAAUACGAAGAGGAUUUUAGUAUACAUCUUCCUUCACAUAAUAUUACCGAAAUAAACAUCAUUCCGGUUGUCACAGAUUUCAGCUAUGGUUAUGGAGUGUGGGGAAAUAAUUGGUAUAUCAAUGUAAAUACCUAUGAUAAUGUUAUUGUUUCUCCUUGUACCACUUGGGAGGAUUAUCUCAAUGGAUUGUAUGUUCCUCUUUCCGAGGAGCAGAAACAAUUCCAUUUUGACUACCCGGAUGCCACACCUAAAGAAGUGUGGAAUCUUGCUCUUGAUUACAUUCCCGGAGACUCUGAUUCCGAUUAUGAACCCGAACCUAAUCCAAGAACAAUUGCACAGGCAAAGGUUGAAAUGAGGAACAGGAUAAACAGGUAUGACACAUCCAAGUACGUCAAUGCUUUUUAUAUAGGCAAGGACUUGGUUUGGCUUGAUAAGGAAACUAGAGUUGGUCUCUCUUUGAGAUUCAAUGCCGAGACACAGCUUGGUAAGGAGAUUACCACUCUUUGGUAUAAUGGAAAAAGUUAUACCAUACCUUUGAGUGUUGCGCCAUCUAUGCUUUAUCAAAUAGAGGAUUAUGCGUCCAAGUGUUAUGACAAUACCCAAAAACACCUUGCAGAAAUCAAGGCGUUGAAUAGUGUUGAAGAAAUCGAUAAUUUUGAUUAUAAAGCAGGAUAUCCAGAAAAAUUACAUUUUGAAAUUUAA